CGCAGUGCACGCCGGGAGUUGGAGUCUCGCGGCCCAGACUUGCGGCCACCUCACCGCGCGGGUGUCCCGGGGGCUGAGGACAAGGACUCGCGCGGCGCUGCCGGGCCGGGGCGGGAGGUGGUCGGGGCCGGCGAGAAGCUGGUGAGCGCCGGGGAGAAUGGUCUUCUGCGUUCAGUCUGUUGUGAUAUCACCACCAGUCGAGCAACCUCUGGGAGCCUCUGCUAUACGCCAGCCAAGGUGAGAAGUGUUGUUCUGCUAAUUUUAAAGUGAGAAAACUAAAAAUAAAAAUAUCUCCAAACCGCGAGGCCCUCCUCCUGUUCACUAGGGCCUGACAUUGAUUGAAGCCAAGGGAAACCGCGGAUGAGCUGAGGUGGUGUCAGGCCUCAUCUCAUCAGAGGGUGCAUGUGUUUUAUAAAGAGGGAUGUCACUGAGACCUGGGAAGAAUACUGCCCUUCUUCAUGGGAAGCAGCUGGAUAGAGAUCAAAACGUGUUUUGUAUAAAAGGUUGGUUCUUACAGUCUUCUGAAGGCCAGCCUUUGCAUCCUGGUGACUACGUGGACACGCAUUUCUACUUCAGAAGACGGUGCAGCCCUCUUAACUGAUGAAGAACAAGGCUUUGUCACCCUGAAAUUUGAAGGGAAGUGGACCACCCAGCAAAGAAGGACCAAGAGCAUCAGUCACGGCAGGGGCGCCGGGGACGGACGCGGACUCAGGCUUUCCUGCCUCUCCACCCGCCGGGCACAAGCUUGACUUGUCUCAGCUGGUGGGUCUGUUGGCGUGUGACAUCUCCUCAGGGAACCGCGUCUGCUGCUUGGCCUGGAAUGAGUGGAACCUGCCCGAGGCCAGGACGGCUCCUCCUGACCCGGAGCCCAGGCAGGGCAGCUGCCCCCCGGGUGCAGGGGUCCAUGGUCCAGCCAUUUUGGGUCCCACAAUAAGUGUAUGAUUCAGCGGCUGCUGACGGGCACAUCGGCUGCUACAGCAAUGCGUGCAGAUGAGCGAGUGCUUCCCAGUGACUGUGACACAGUCAUGACCGUUACACGUGACAGUUAUCAAGAUGGCUGUGAGGCCCACAAGAUGGAAAUACAGUGGAAGCCGAGGGUACCCGGCGGCUCUGUGACGGCUCCGGCCUGGGGCCUGCUGCGUCAGCGUUCUGGGUGCAGCCUGGAGACUGGGGGCCGCGAGUCGUUGUGAAUUCAGCAAGAGGGAUUUGCAGGCGGCAUGACACAGCUCGGACUACUGGUGCCUGGACGACCUGUACCGCGAGAUGGUGAGACGCUACGUGGACGCACUCGAGAAGCUUCCGGAGCACCGAGCAGACCCGGCCACCGUCGAAGGCUGCUCGCAGCUGAAGCCAGACAACUACCUCCUGGCCUGGCACACACCCUUCAACGAAAAAGGCUCGGGGUUCGGAGCCGCCACCAAGGCCAUGUGCGUGGGCAUGCGGUACUGGAAGCCGGAGCGGCUGGAGACCCUCGUGGAGGUCAGCAUCGAGUGCGGCCGGAUGACCCACAACCACCCCACAGGCUUCCUCGGGUCCCUGUGCACCGCCCUGUUCGCGUCCUACGCUGUCCAGGGAAAGCGGCUGGAGCAGUGGGGGCGAGACAUGCUGAAGACAGUCCCGCUGGCCGAGGAGUAUUGCAAAAAGACCAUCCGGCACCUGGCAGAGUACCAGGAGCAGUGGUUUUACUUUGAAGCCAAAUGGCAGUUUUACUUGGAGGAGAGAAAAAUCAGUGAGGACUCGGAGACUGAGGCCAGCUUUCCCGACCACUACGAUGCAGAGGAGCGAGACAAGACCUACAGGAGGUGGAGCUCGGAAGGUCGCGGGGGACGGCGGGGCCACGACGCCCCCAUGAUUGCCUACGAUGCUCUCCUAGGAGCCAGGGGCAACUGGACGGAGCUCUGCCAGCGGGCCAUGUUCCACGGAGGUGAGAGCGGGGCCACGGGGGCCAUUGCAGGCUGCCUGUUCGGGUUGCUGCACGGCCUGGACGGCGUCCCCGGGGGCCUGUACCGGGAGCUGGAGCACAAGGAGGAGCUGGGGCGCCUGGGCGAAGCCCUGUACCGCCUGUCCACCCAGGAGAACCCCAAGAGCAGCAGGAUUUGCAGCAACAAGAGGCCCAUUGAUGUCCAAGCCCUAAAGAAGAAAGUCAGCAGGGUGACCUGUGACCUGGCGUCCCACGCCAUCCUCAGCAGCCUGCUGCUCUACGUCACCGACCUCGAGGACGGGCCCCAGGGGCCUCCUCCCGCCAAGAGGGCAGAGCAUGCGGCAGGCGGGUGGCGCUGUGCCCCCGAGCCCCAGGGUGCCCAGCGGCGGCCCACACGCUUCCAGCUCCUCCAGGCCAAGUUCAUGGGCACCGGCCGAGAGCCUCUCAAGAGGACCCGGGAGGUGGGGAGGCUGAUCUUCAAGGACCGGCAGGGCCCCAGCAGGAGCCUGGUGGCGGCCACCAUCCACAAGCUCCUGGAGAAGACCGGGGAGGGGGCCGGCCGCCCAGCGCAGGCCCGGGAGCCGCAAGGCCGCGAGAAGCCCCGGGGCCUCCCAGCCGGGAAGAGCUCUGUGAAAACCAUCCUGAAGAUGUUCUUGGCUGCGGAGAAGAAAGAGGCCGAGGGGAGUCCUCCCACGGAGCCUCCCAGAGCUGCCAGGGGCCCCCUGCCAAAGACAGGGGGCAGGCGGAGCUCUGUCCUGGCCGGGCUGCGGGAGAAGUUCGAGCAGAGCGGCUGCCUGUGCGCGGAGGCCCGGGUGCUGCCCGUCCGCAUGGAGGAGCAGAAGAAGAAGAGCCUGCCGCGGAAGAGGCUGCGCCGGCCCGAGACCCGCGUGCUCCGCACGGCCACCAUGGCCAGCACCUGCAUCCGCACGCCCCCCGCCCGCUUCCUGGCCUGCUCAGCCGAGCCUGUGCUGCCCUUCUGCCUCGCCACCGUGGUCUGCGGCCCCCGGGCCUGGCUGGCCCACUGCGCCAAGGUCAGCCACUCGGCAGGCCUGGGCCACACGCCCAGAGGAGAAGCAGGCCUGUCCUCCCGUGUGAGGGAGAUGGCGCCCAACGAGAGCAGAGCGCCAGGGUGGGGGAAGCCCCCGCAGCCCUCCAUGCCCUGGGCGGCCACUCCCAGGGACAGCCUGGAGACGGUCCUCUCUCCUGCCUCCUCCAGGGGUGAAGCCCUUCUCCGCCGUGAGCCCGUGGCAUCCUCACUUGGACCAGCCAGCCCAGGGCGCGCCAGGGCAGCCGGGGGCGACAGGACGGGGGCCGCCCCAGGGAUGGAGCUCGCAGGCCGGGAAGAAGGGGCUGCCCCCGAAGUCACCCUGACCGUCUGCAGUUCAGAGGAUGAAUCAGAAGGAGUGACUGCAGGCUCAGAGCGAGACCCCCUCUUUGCCGUCCAGGAGAGCCUCCCAGAACAGAAAGCACCCGGACAAAUCCCACCACUGGACGCACCCACAGCCCGGGCCACGCGGCACACACAGCCGGCCGUGGAGCGGCCGCAGGUCACAGUCAGGCCCCCGGUCGUGCACACAGUGCCGCCCCUUCCCACCACCCAGCACCAGGCACCAGGCCGUGAAGACCAGCAAAACCAAGGCAGGAAUCUUCAGGGGAGAGAGGGCGAGACUGGGAACGCGGGAGCACCCCCUCGCACCACAGCCGAGACAGGGGCUGGCCCCGCACUCGCGCCUCCGCGGGGUGCUCUCCGCAACCAUCCAGACGUCCCCAAGGCACUUCCCCUGACGAAACCACAGACAAGUUUUCCUGCAGGAAAAGCAGCCAGACGCAGCUCCGAGGCUUCACACAAUCUCCAGAAGCACAAGGACGGUUCAGGGGAAGAUGCUUCUGAGCCCAGUUCCGAGCUGCGUUGGCUGCCACAAUCCGGGGAAAGGCCGGUGGGUGACCUUGGCCCCUUGUCACAUCAUUCUGCGGCCUUGGGAAACCCUCAGAGAGGACCGGCCGGCUGUGCCCUCAGCGGUCAGCCAGCACCAGCUCCGAAAGGGAGGAGCAGGACCGGCGUCCCCAGAUGGCUAGGGACGGGACUGGCCGAGGACGGGACAGGGCCUGAGAGUCUGAUCUCUGUGGACAAGAGCCCCCUGUGUGAGCAAGAAGGACGCAGCAGGCCCCUGUGGUCACCAGAGUUGGCCCGGCCCUCAGCCAGGGCUGGAGGGAGUGCCAGCCACAAUCGUGACCAGAACAGAGCGACAUUCUUAAAUGAACAACUAAAACCAAGCUUCAGAGCGCCCAGGCAGGUGACGGCUGCGGGGGCCUCCAGAAGUCCCCCGGCUUCAGCGACAGGUAAUGCCCUGAGCCCAGGAAACAGGGUGGCAGAAGAGUGGGCCCCCUGGCAGGAGGGAGGGAGCCCUGUGCUGCCCACGGGCCCCGGUCUUGUGGUGCAGGAGCCCACUUCCCAGCCUUCAAGGUCCCUGCCCACUCCCCCACAGGAGGCUGCCAGCACCCCACUCCUGCUGGUCACGCCCCAAGAGGCUGCUUCCCGUAAACCAGCCACAGGCAAAAUGGAGGUGGCGGCUGGAAGCAGAAAUGCAGGUGCUGUGCAGUGGAGCCAUCAGGGGAACAGCCCAGAGCCCUGGACUCCUGCGCCAGGCGGCCUGGUGCCACAGGGAGGCCGCAAGGAGGGGGCUUUGAGCCACACCUUGGGCACCAGGCCACUGCCUUCGGAGAGCCAGCCAGCCAUGGGCAGGGCACUCCUCUGGUCCAGAGAGCAGCUUCCUGCAGGCACUGGGCUUUCCCACCAGCCUCCCUGGGGGGCGGCAGCAGCAGAAGGGCAGGGGGCAGACAGGGCGGCCUGGAAGGACCCCAACCUCCAGGCGCCCAGGCAAGUCGUGGUUGGGGAGAAGCAGCGACCAUGGGCUGGCCUGGGCAGUGGAGAAAGUCUCCGUAGGCAAGAGGAGGGGGGCCCUGUGAGCCUGGAGGGUCCUGGAAAGAAGGGAGAAGCCUGUUUAAGUGAGAAGGCCAGCUCGAAUGGGGCUGAGGAGGCCGCGAGCUGGCCCUGGGACGAGGCUGCGGGGGAUGACACGGUGGCCCCGAAAGAGGAGGCUCCCGGCCCGCACACUGGGAGAGGCCCAGAGCACCCACUGGGGCAGGGGGCAAGGUGUGCAGAGGGCCUCCCUUGGGGACCCAGAGCCCAGGCAGCCGGGAACCAAGCUCCUUCCCCUGCAGAGAGCCCGGUGCGCCGGACACAGGCCCCGGCUGGCAGGGUGGUGCCCCCCGGCUUGGCACGGCCCACAGGCAGCUCAGCGGAGGUGGUGCCCAUCGUGAGCAGAAGUGUGGCAGCCGGGAGACCGGACCCCAGGGGUAGCCAUGGGGGGCCUGGAGCACCAUGCCGGGCAGGGGAGAGCCGGACAGCCCCCGGUCCCCGGCCAGCACAAGGCCCUGCAGUGCCCACAUCCCUGCUGGGGGGCUGCCAUGUGCCUGGUGUCCCAGCCCAGGAGAGGUCUCCGGACACCCACAGGGCUGGGAGAGGCUCACUGGGACGUGGACCUGGCGGGAGGGCAGCCCACCUGGCCAAGUACAGAGCCCAGAGCUUCAGCGACCAGAAGUCCUUUGAUCUGUCCUUCAGACCAGUGACUCUCAGGGCCAAUGACACAUUCACACUUCCCAAGUGAGUCCCCACGGGAACCAGCAGCCUUGCUCUGAGCGCAGUGAGGGUCAGCAGAGUCGCUCUGUCUGUAGUGGCCCUGGGAGGACGUGAGCCUCGUGGCCUGCCACUGUGGCCGUGUUGGUGACAUUCUGCCUGUACCUGGCGUCUUCACCAGGGACGUUCAGGUCCCGCUUGUCUCUGUGCAGAGCAGGUGUUUCUAGGCUUUAACCUUUGGUGCUGAGCUUGGAGUGGGUCUGUGUGUCCCCUCCUGGGGGCUCGGGCUUCAGUUUUGAGGGCUCUCUGCCCCUUGUUGGGUCACCGGCUGGCAGGCGCCUAUGUGGCCCAUCCUAGCUCAGACUCGGUGGGGACAGUGUCCCCCUCCGGUCCUGGAAGAAGACAAAGGGGGGCAGUUUGACUCCUGGGUGGCCUGUGACCUUGACCCUGCCGGCCACGAGACGGUCAAGGAGACACUGGGAUGUGGGUCUGGCCCCUCCAGUCCUGCUCAGGAAGGCCAGCUCCUGGGCCCAGCCUGGCGGGAGCCAACGGCCCAGGAAGGACGACAGUGGCCGUUAGCGCUGUUUUCAGGCUCCCAAGUCCAAGGACGCUGUUGUUCAGAGACGGUGGGGCGGAAAGUAAAACAUCGCCCAGUACCGGUCUGUCACUGUCACCCCAGCAGCCUCCCUGAGGCCCACAGGGACCCUGGACGGCAGCACCCGGGUGCCGGGAAAGCUGCUCUCCCGCAAAGCACGCCAGUGCCCCGGCCACUGCCCCAGACGCCACACACUGCGUCCUCAGCCACUAAGGACAAUGCACUUUCAGUCUGGAAUGCUCGCAUGCUGUAGAAGUCUAAGGAAAGAAAUAAAAGUCUCCGUAAGCGUGCUGCCUGGAGGUGAUUUUUCACUUUGUUCUCCAAGC